AUGAAGCCCAGAGCCUACAUCCCUUUGGGAAGGUUGAUAUCUGAUGUUGUGAUGGAGAGCGACUUGGUGGAUCAUCUGAUUCGCCACAAUCUGAUGAAGGAUGUAACUAUUGACACUAGGAGGCCUCUGAAUGCACGAAAUCUGAAGAGCAUGGGGGAUCUGGCAAACCAAGGAGUUGACAUCUCAGAUUUCUCCGUGGACUGGCUGCCUGAGCAACCACCAAAUUUUAUGAAGAGACAACGGGAGCCUUCUGAGAAGUCGAAAAGGGCUAAGAGAGAAAAGUUGGGGGAACCUUCUGUAUCAAGACCACGCGUCCCUCUGAUCUCCUCCUCCAAAUCUCCAAGUAAGUCUCUGCCUCCUAACUCUCCAUCUUUUCAAUUAAGGCAACUUGCUUCUUCCCUUCCUCAAACCUCACCAGUAUACACACACUUUGAACCUUCACCCUCCACCACCAAACCCUCUGAAACACCUACCUUUAACCAACCAUCACCCCCUCUUUAUAAAUUCAACCUAACCACCACAACCUUGCCCAUAUUUAAAGCUAAAAUGUUCAAUGAACCCAUAUCACCACCUUCUUCAACACCUUCAUCCCCAUCUUACUACACCAUAUCCUCUGACUCAAAGUCAUCUGACCCCCAAUCUUCCACUCUGGCUCAACUUCAGGCUCGUCCCCUCUCCAUACAAAACCAACCUGAACCAGAAACUAACAUUUCAUCACCCUCUGAACAACCACCAACACCUCCAUAUGAACCACCCAUCGAAACUCCCUCUGAAAACCCCAUCAUCCAUAACUCUGAACCUCCCAUAGAAACAACCCCUUCACCAUCAGCACCUACAUCUCCCAUCUCUGAAUCAGAACCCACCUUCCCCACCCUGGAAGAAGCAAUAACCUUAUUUGAUGAGUCUUCAGUGGAGAAGAUCAGAUCAUUAUCUGAGAACUCUGGUAUCAAUGAUGAUCCCCCUGCAGUGAGGAUUCACUAG